UAUGUACUUACAUGUAUAUACAGACGUUUUGUCUGAUAGUGUUCUCACAGGCUGUGUCUGUGUUGCAGUGACCACUACCCACAGACCAUGUGACUGGGGCAGGAUGUGUGAGGGGAUAUGUACUUACAUGUAUAUACAGACGUUUUGUCUGAUAGUGUUCUCACAAGCUGUGUCUGUGUUACAGUGUCCACUACCUACAGACCAUGUGACUGGGGCAGGUUUGGGGAAACAUGCGAUCAAGCCUGUCCUCCAGGUUGUGCCCUGGGUUCCGACAGAAACACCAACUACUGUCAGACUGACACUGGAACGUGCACUCGGGGAUGUCGGCGUGGUUGGCAUGGCGACCGAUGUGAGAAGCUGUGUGGCUGGAACUGCAUUGCGAACACCUGUCAUCAAGGAAGUGGGCAUUGUACCCAUGGCUGCAGAGGGAGAUAUACAGGAGAGUUCUGUGAAGCAGAAACAGGUGAGGGUCACAUUGCACAGAGUAUGCAGUUGAUGUUAUCUGUUGCGGUCUUAAUCUUUUUGACAAUGUGUUGCUGGAAGAGUCCACGAUCUAGAAGAACGUUUUACAAAGGGUUCACGUGGCUGAUAAGAAGGAAUCCAAGGUCGUCGGAGGAUUUCUUCCACAUCUGUGGUUUUCCGAAAGUUGUUGGCUGCAUAGAUUGUACUUUGAUACCUAUUCAACGACCAGCAUUAGAAGAAGCAGUAUAUGUGUGCAGAAAAGGAUUCCACGCCAUCAAUGUGCAAGCUGUGUGCGACGCCCAACUCCGAUUCACAAACAUUAUUGUCCAAUGGCCAGGAUCAACCCAUGAUUCACAUAUUUUCAACAACUGCAAUUUGAAAAGGCAUCUGGAGGAAGGGAAAUAUGACAUCUGGCUUCUUGGUGAUUCAGGGUAUGCCUGUAGACCCUACCUCCUGACACCUGUCAACAACCCUGCAAAUGAAAAAGAGGAGAAAUACAACGGCUGUCAUAUUGGAACAAGGAACUCAGUUGAGAGGGCAUUUGGAUUGUGCAAAUCUAGAUUCAGGUGUCUACACAAAUCAACAGGAUGCCUGUUAUUCAGCCCACAGAAGAGCAUCAAAAUUAUUACUGCCUGCUUUCAACUUCAUUAUUUGGCAAUAUUACUGAGGUUGCCUGACCCUGAUGUUCUUUGUGAGAAUCCUGGACCAGAGGGGGACAGCAGUCCUGCUGAUAACCACAACAUAGAUGGAUGUAGAGGCCAGGCUCUGUCUUUGGAUGUCACGGAUGUCCCGCUGCACAGACAGAAUUUCUUCAAGGAGAAACAUCUUUCUCUCCUCCUGGGUUUGUAA